UGUGGUGACCAGCACGAGUGGGUGAGCGAUGGUUGGCGCGGACCUCUGCCCGGAACCGCGCCCAGUAGGUCAGCCCCGGGCGGCCCAGCGCGGCGGGCGGAGGCGGAGACGGAGGCCGAGCAGCCAGCAAGCGGGUGCGCCGGGCUUCGUCGCGCGGCGACGGCGGCGGCCAUGGCUGGAAGCGAGCCCCGCGGAGCCGGCUCGCCGCCGCCCGCCAGCGACUGGGGCCGCCUGGAGGCCGCCAUCCUGAGCGGCUGGAGGACCUUCUGGCACUCGGUGGGCAAGGAGCGGGCGGCGCGGACGGUCUCCCGGGAGGAGGCGGAGGAGGAGACCAGCGCGCUGACGCGGCUGCCGAUCGAUGUGCAGCUGUAUAUCUUGUCCUUUCUUUCACCCCAUGAUCUGUGCCAGCUGGGAAGUACAGACCGUUACUGGAAUGAAACCGUGAGAGACCCAAUCCUCUGGAGAUAUUUUCUCUUGCGGGACCUCCCUUCUUGGUCUUCUGUUGAUUGGAAGUCACUUCCGGACCUAGAGAUCUUAAAAAAGCCUAUAUCUGAGGUCACCAACAGCACCUGUUUUGAUUACAUGAAGGUGGUUUUCUGCAGCUAUAAAAUGUGCUGUCCGUAUACGAGAAGAGCCUCGAAAGCCAGCCGUCCUGUGUACGGAGCUGUUACCUCCUUCUUACACUCAUUGAUCAUUCAGAACGAACCCCGAUUUGCUAUGUUUGGACCAGGUUUGGAAGAACUGAACACAUCCUUGGUGUUGAGUUUGAUGUCUUCUGAGGAACUCUGCCCAACUGCUGGUUUGCCUCAUAGACAGAUUGAUGGUAUUGGAUCUGGAGUCAAUUUUCAGUUGAGCAAUCAACAUAAAUUCAAUAUCCUGAUAUUAUAUUCGACUACCAGGAAGGAGAGAGACAGGGCAAGGGAAGAGCACACAAGCACCGUUAACAAGAUGUUCAGCCUACAGAGCGAAGGCAAUGAGCAAGGAAGCCGCUACAGUGUGAUUCCACAGAUUCAGAAGGUGUGUGAAGUUGUAGAUGGCUUCAUCUAUGUGGCAAACGGCGAAGCUCAUAAGCGACAUGAAUGGCAAGAUGAAUUUUCUCGUAUUAUGGCCAUGACAGAUCCAGCUUUUGGAUCUUCAGGAAGACCACUGCUGGUUUUAUCUUGUACUUCUCAAGCGGAUGUAAAAAGAAUGCCCUGUUUUUAUUUAGCUCAUGAGCUGCGUCUCAGCCUUCUAAACCACCCGUGGAUGGUCCAGGAUAUGGAGGCUGAAACUCUGACGGGCUUUUUGAAUGGCAUUGAGUGGAUUCUUGAGGAAGUAGAAUCUAAGCGUGCAAAAUGAUGUUCCCUUUGGACCUUGGGAAGCCGCAGGGCAGGACUUAGGUGUUUCUCAUCCAUCCUGUUCCUGCCUUUCUGUAGGAGGGCUUCACACUGGACAGCUAUAGAUGCCAUGGUUCUGACUCUACCACAAAUCAGCUGCAAGUUUCAAUCCUAUUACUUUUCCCCAAAAUGAACUCUCAUAUUUUUGAUAACUUUUAUAUUUUCUGUCUUUUUGAAAAUAUUAAACUCUGAAAAACAAAA